UAUUUACUACUACAAGCCUGGUGUCGAUUACAAUAAAUCAACAUAAAAUGGUUGUUUGAUGUCAAAAUACCAACGUAUUUAUGAAUUGUAUCAGUAGUCAAAAUGGGACAUGAUUUUGGUUUUCAUUACAGUCUAGUCAUGCCAAGAAGAACCCUGUAUAUUGGUUUAACAGCAAAGAAACCUUUGAACUGAGCAUGUGGCAGCUCAGAGGGGAACAAACACACACAGUAUGGCUUCAAUGAAACAAAGGGAUUGCCAAUAAAUCCCCAAACGACACUGACUGGAAGGAAAACACAGGCUCCUUUAGCCAGAGAGAAACACAUUCAGGACUACAACAAUAUUAUGAUUCAUUCAAAUCUAAUCUACAGAUAAAACAAUUAAAACUCAUGUGGGAGUUAAAGAUCUUCUGUCAAAAUCGAAGAGGAGAAUCAUACGUGUCCGCCAUCCUCCUCUACACUGAGCUCCUCUACACUGAGCUCCGGUCCGCUGUGCAACUCUUCCAAAACAAUCGGCUCUUCUUCCUUCACUGGUGGCUGUUCCUCCUGAUCUGUUACUGUGAGGUUGUUAUCACUCUCGGCCUCAGGGACGCUGACAACCUUCUCCUCUUCAACAAUGACAGGUGGACACCGUACAGUGAGCAUCAGAGAAAGGGAUAAAAGACAGCUGUGCCUGAGUCUGACUGCUGUGCUCAUUAUGGAUGACUUGGAAAGAGAACUAAUGUCUUUCAAAGACUUGGAGGAUGACAAUGACUCCUUUGAUGACAAUUCUUCAAAAGCAUCAACAAAAUCAAAGCUCCCGCUACCUAAUUACGGCAUGCAUGCAGAGCCACCUAGGGAAAGUGGGUUUCACCGGAGUACCAGAGUCUGUCUGGAGCACAUCAGAGACGCCCUGCUGCAUCAUAGAUGGCAAGAAGCAGCAGAAUAUAUGGCGUGUUACCCCCAGAUUUUAGAAGAUACAACCAAUGGCUCUGCUCAGUCAUAUAAGGAGCUUACAUGGAGAAUCAGCGCUGAGAUACUUCACCAUCACCCCAAAUCAAAGUUGGAAGACUACAACAACAUCUAUGAAAGAAUGAAACACUCAGGAGUUAGACACUACCUGAUGAUCUGCCUGGAACAUUCGUUCCACCUGCUGCUGAAUGGCCAUAUCGAGGAAGCAAAGCGCCAGUUGUCUGUCUCUGAGAGUUGGAGGUAUGGGAAGGAGUCAGCCGCUCAGGAUCAGAAGACCAAACUGAUCCAGGCCUACAGGAGUUUACUGGAUUAUAUCAUCUGGGUUGACAAAAAGUUUACUAACUCCAACACUGAAUAUCCAGAAUCCAAUGAAAACCAAGACAUACGCAACUACUUCAGAACGGCCUCUGUGAAUCUAAAGGAGAUUUUGAAAAAUCCUGGCGUCUGGGAUCCCUUCAUACUAAGUUAUGUUGAGAUGUUGGAGUUCUACGAGGAUCACGAGGAGGCUUUGAAAGUCCUGAAUGAUUACGCGUAUGACAACAGUUUUCCACCUAAUCCCAACGCGCAUGUCUAUCUGUAUCAGUACUUAAAGCGAUGUGAUACUCCAGAGAAGAAUCAGAUGAAAGUAUUGAAGAUCCUCCAUGUGUCAGUCCCAAGCCACGAGUUGAUGUUGGAGUACAGCUCUUUCCUGCUUAAGUCAGAAAAAAGCAGUGACAUCGAGAAAGCUUUGAGAGUUGUUCUGGAGAUGCUGGAUUUUGCCUGCUGGAGGAGCAGCCUGGACGUGUGGAAGCGUCUGGAGGCCAUUAUUCAAAAGCUACAGCAACAAGAAAACUGGAAGUACGUUGUCCGCACAAACAUGGCUGAAAGACAUGGCUGGUGGCCCGCGCUGCACUUCACGUGCUUCCACGCCAGUAAAGACUCAGAGGAGAACCCAGAGCUCAUGCAAGUGAAGGCACCACUGACAAAAAUCCUUUGCCCGGACCUCACACUCAAGUACACAGAUUGGCAGGCAACCAAUGGAAAGUGACCUUCAGAGAAGAAGUCAAAUAGAAAAUGAAACGGUGUCUUUACGAUUUCCCGAUUCAGAACAGAGCUGACAUAUUGUCCAAGAAAUGACUGAAAAAUCAUCCUCUGAUGAAGAGCAUGGGUCUUAUUUUAGUAUUUAAGCAAGAUUUAUUUUCUUCUGUAUGAUUACAUAUUUCUUUACUAAAGGUUAACUUACACACACGUGUGUGGUCAAAAAUGUCCCUCCAUAUCUUCUUUUUCAAACAGUUUUCCUUCUAUGCCCACUAUGUGGAGCCCUUGCCAUGUGUUUGUGCAUCCAGUAUCUGGAGGGCAUGGCCACCUAUUUUUGGUUCAUGUUAGUUUCGUGGUUUCUGUGCAGAUAUUAAUGGAUUCUGACCUCAGCUGACCUAUGGCGCUGUUGGAGGGGCUUUAAGGUCAUAAAUGUAUGUUAAUAAUACACAACCUAAAGGGAUUUUCUUUCUGUCAAGCCAUGCUUGUGUCAGAAAAAUUAAAACAGAGCUUUCAGCAACAUAAUGUGUAGAAUUUAAGAAACACUGCAAAACAUUGACAUGUGAUUAGCAUCAGUAUGAGUCUAUUUUACUCAAAUGUGAGAGGUGCUUUCACCAACAGAUCAUUAUUGAAUUGUGGUCAGCUUGUAUAUGUGCUUGUAUUUUGCACACAUAUAGUACAUGCAGUAGUGUCCAGAUUCAUUUUCACAUUGCGGCUUGUACAUGCUGAUACCAUCUAUUUCUGUAACGAUGAGAGGUUUUGUAUGUUUGAGGAUCCCUGUGUUUACUCUCCUUUAAACCGGACCAUGAAAUAAAGUCCUGCAGCCAGCAGCACGCCAAUUUAAUAAGGGAAAGUGUUUGUAAUGAUUCUGUUUCAGCUUGCCACAAUGUUGGCCAUGCAGCAACUCAGUGAGCCGUACUGGGUGUGUGUUUGUGUGUGUGUGUUGCUUUGCAGUCAUUACAUAAACCAAAGCCCAAAGCACUUGCCCGACCACAGGAGCAGCUGCAGAAGGGAUCUGGGAAUACAUAACAUGUCGUUUGAAAAUUCAAAACUCGCGCAGCAGUGAAGAGGACGGCGUUAGGAGCUGAUCACUGCUCUGGAUUGUGUCCUGGUUGUGACCUUUUUUAAGCAU